AUGCGUUCAUUCUUCAAGAGGCCUUCCUGGGCAAGCAAAGGAGACGAGCCAGUGACGUCUGACUUCUACCGUCGCGCUGGACAGAUCUACGACGAUAUCAUCACUACGAACAGGGAGGCUCGGGAGAAAUCUGUCUGCGCCAACAAACCUGCAGCUGAAGAUGGCAGGGCAAGAAAACGCCGUCAUUUGCUGGACAAUGGGAGCCUAGAGGGUAGCACGUCCUUUGGCCUUGACGGUAUUUUCAAGCACGAUAUUCUAUCGAAGAGUCAACAAGAGUGUGCACCUUCAAAGUUGACACCUUCUCCCUGCAACACUCUGGCGGAGGAAAGCAUGGACAGCGGGCUACAGAAACCGGCAACGACAUAUUCAGGUGAUCUAGCCAUCAGCGGGAAUGUGCAUCAGGAUCGUGACUCCGAAUUUACCCUACUUACAUCAGACCAGCGCUGCAAAAUGAAUUUUGAUGACUCUUCCCAGUCUAAAAUGGAAAGAACGAGCAAGAGCAUGAGUGCCAACGAGCGCCUGAAUCACCAGAGAGAAGCCCGAUGCCAGAAGAAGGCCCCAGGCGCUGGCAUUCAUCAAUAUUCUGGCCCCAGAAGUGAAGAUGUCACUGUGCAAAUACUUAUUACCUCACCAAUUGAGGGCACAAAGCCACUCAUAAUUCAUAGAAAAAUGUCACAAUCCUUGAGGGACGUCCGUCUAGCUUGGUGCAAUCGUCAAGAUCUAUCGACAGCACUGCAGGCGUCUAUAUAUCUGACUUGGAAGGGCAGGAGAUUAUUUGACGUCACAACGUGCAGAAGUCUCGGACUUAAUACCAGCGAAACCCCAACUGGCGAUGAGGAUAUUGACAAGUUUUCACAAAUGGAUGAGGAACCCUUGCGUAUCCAUAUGGAGGCUGUAACAGACAAGCUUGCUGCCCCGGAUACUCAUCGACUUUUGCCGGUACUUGGUUCGCAACCGAACCUGAACGAGGGGUCGGAUCAAGAACAUCUGGUCAGGCUUGUAUUGAAGUGCCCAGGGUUUGAUAAGUUCGAAACAAGUGUUGCUUCGAAUGCGCCUAUAUCUCGGGCUAUUGCUACAUUCCGGCGCGCAAAGCGCAUACCUUCAGAGCGAAAGAUUCAUCUGGUGUUUGACGGUGAUCGCCUGGACCCUAAUGCAUCUUUUACAGACUAUGACAUAACAGAUGAUGAUCUGGUAGAUGUUCUAAUCAAGUGA